UCAAGCAUGCACAAACAUCUCUCACUCCCAUCCACCCCCCGCAACUAUGCCAAGAUGUCCAGCAGUUCAUCAUCGGCGCGGCGUCUCCGGGCACCUCCUCCGCCGCUACCAUUGAUCAUGUGCCCAAGGUGCACUAGGACGAGGACCAGGUGGUUCGUAUCUGGGAUGGAUCAUAACCCGGGCAUCCGGUUCUACAAGUGCCCGAACCAGGCAGACGGAGCCCCCUGCGAAUUUUGGCUGUGGGAGGACCAAUACGCGUUCUACAUCACCGGGGUUGGCAUUAACCUACUCAUCGAGGCGGCCGGAGGAGGGAGCAACGUCAUGUUCGGAAUGGGCCGCGCCAUGGAUGACAUACGCAGCAUGGCGAGGAACACCAUGAUGAUCUGCCUGGCAAUGCUCUUCGUGGUGCUUGCCAAGUCAGCCGGCGGGCAGUAUUGAGCAGUGUGGCAUACAACCAGCCAUGACGAAGCGCGGCCUGAUCAAGAUUUUAAUUUCUUCUCCCUGACAGUAUGGGUUAUGUAGUUUAUUAGGUUUGACUGAGGCCAUAGUACGGUGCAGUCCAAACAUUUGUAAUCUCGCACGGCAAAUGAUCACCUGGUGCGUUUGCAACUGCCUCCCGGGUCGCUCGCACGGGCGACUCCGGAGGCCUCCCCGCCGCCGCUUAGAAAACUCCCCAUCAUCGACCAAGCCCACCCGCCGCCGCCGGAGGAGGCCAUCGGUGCUGACGGCGGCGGCGGGGCUGCAUGUUCGUUCCCUUCCCAUCCAUCUCUCUACCUCCCAUCCCGAUCUGAGAUCUGACCGUGGCUGAUAUACAUCAUCAAUCUGACCGCACGCCCGUUUUGGCUGCUGCGUUGACGAGGUGUGUGGCGGCCGGUGUGCUGCGUUGGGUGCCUUGGAGGACGCUGACGGUUUAACUGCAUCUCGCCGUGGUGCAGGCCGCGGUCCGCGGCGGUUGCGUCCUUGCGGCAUCACUGGCUGGCUUCAUCCCCUGCUGUGAUGCAGCCAUGCGCCUCCUCACAAGUGGAAUUGGUUGUAGGCUCCCGGUGUUCGCUGCCGCUUGAGGCAGUCUCUGCUUGGCGGCUGCACAGGUGUCAGAUCCUGACCGGGGAUGUGCUGCUAAAGCUGUUGGUUCCGGCUUGGCCUAGCGGACUGCUCCCAGGUGGUGAUUGCUUCAAGGUUGGAGCUAGAACUGCAUGGCGGCACCGCCGAUCUUUGAUUAGUGGGUUGUGGUGGACACUGAUUGUUUCUCUGCCCAUAAUCAUUGGCUGCUGCUGGCAACUAGCAUUGGUGUGGUUGUGGGAUGCAGCCGGAAGGCUCCUUCAUGAGUUUUGGCGGCUCUCACUUCCGUCAGCUUGUUUUCAACGGCAUGAUGCAAUCUGUGGAUGAUGACUUGACGCAAAGGGAUGGGUGUGCAGAGAUGACAUUGUGCUUUAGCGCAUGUGAUUGCUGGGAUCAUGGAAAAGUGAUGAUGACAACACAAUUGACUUUGAUUUGGUGGUGCUUCUCGAGUACCCCAGUAUGGAGCUCCGUGGUGAAAACCAAGGUUUGAACUGAGAUGGUUUUACCUGGCAAUGACAAUGUUUUUGCAUCGUUACCUUAUUGAAGGCAUUGUUCGGAUAUGCUUGGACUUGUUCUUCAGGGUGAAAGCUCAGAAUCUGGCCGUUGAUGGUUGGAUCAGGUGAUGACGACACUUGAGUGUCGUUUUCUUCAUGAAGGCGUUGCUGUUGAAGAAAUUUUCUCGUUGUCAGUGUGUGUCAAAAGAUGUUGGUGCGGAUAAGGUCAUUGUUGUAGUUUGUC